CUGAUGGUGAAAUGCUUCUUCUACAAGGUCUUCUGCAAAAUCUAAUGCUUGAUGAGAAUAAAAAGAUGGUGAUUCUCACUGGCCUUCAUCCCUGAAACAUUUUCCAGAGAACACAGCAGUAUGGGGGACAACUAGUCAGUCUUCAACUUACGCCGGCUCUGUGCCUGAAUUUGCCAUUGAUGGUUUGCUCAAUUCCUGGACCCACACUAACGAAGAGACCGACCCGUGGUGGAGAGUGGAUCUUCUGAAAGUAUACAGAGUGAACAGAGUGAGCAUCACUAAUAGACACAGCAAUGCUGCGAGGAUAAACGGAGCAGUGAUUCAUAUUGGGAACUUCCUUGACAUUUACAGCAACCCUAUGUAAUGCUUUCUCUGACUGUUUUGCUGAAUGUGGCUACAGAUGAACAGAAACCGAUAACAGAUGAACUCUCUGUCUGUAGAUGCGGUGUGAUUUCGACUCUUGCAGCGAGUGCCACGGUCAAUUUCUCAUGCGGCGGGACGUUAUAUGGUUGUUCAUAUUCCUGGAAAUCUGAAGAUUCUUAGCCUUUGUGAAGUUGGAGUCUAUGGGUAUUUGGCAGGUAAUUCACUCUUGCAUUCAUGAAAAUCUGAGAAUGAACCUCAUUGCUUCCACAAGAACCAAUGAGGUUCAUUCUCAUGUGAGGCCGUUGAGGUACUAAUCAUGUAAUUGUUGUGAAUAUAGUUGUGAGGGCGUCGUUUUUUUGACAGUUGUUCAUUUAGAAAUUACUCCCUUCACAACUAAUAAUAAUCUCAUGCAUGUCAUGCAAUUAAAAAAAAAAUUCCUAGGAAAUCUGGCAGCAGGUGAAGCCGUUACACAGUCGUCAACAUCUGCGGACUGGUCUGCUGAAAAGGCCAUUGAUGGUAAUCGAGGUCUCCAGCAGCUGUACACGGGAUGCUCGUCAACCCUUAAUGAGACUAACCCGUGGUGGAGGCUGGAUCUGCGUCAUGUUUACAGAGUUAGUAGAGUGGUCAUCACUAACAGAAAGGACUGCUGUGCAGAGCGACUAAACGGAGCGGAGAUUCACAUCGGACACUCUUUGGAGAACAACGGCAGCAACAAUCCCAUAUGUGCUGUUAUUCCUGCUAUUCCAGCAGGCGAAUCCUACAGCUACUCAUGUAAUGGGAUGGAUGGACGUUAUGUGAAUUUGAUCAUUCCUGGAGACAUGAAGAUAUUCGCUCUCUGUGAGGUGGAGAUCUAUGGCGACGGUAAAACAUUGUCACAUAUUUUUGUCAACAAAUACACUAAUAAAACUAAAACUUUUAACGAAUGCAACCUCUACUAUUUCAUUUCACAUGUAUCAAUGUGUUUUUGUUUAGGGCCCGUUAUAAAAAGAUCAUUUGUAAAGAUGCAGUUUAACUCCGGAGUUGAUUUGACUGACCCUUCGAUGAGAGAAAACGUUCUGAAACAGGUGAGAGAAAGAAACAGAUUUAAGCCUCGUGAUUAUUGCUGUAAAAUACCAGCAGCUGUCGUCUGUUUUCCCUCUCUUUAAAAACAGAUCUCUUAGUCUUGAAG